AUGACCAAUUUAGACAAUUGUACAAAUACCACGACUAUUACGACUACUACUACGACAACCAAUAUGAAUCACGACAACAAUACCAACAAUUGCAGCAAUCAUGAAAAUUGCAAUUCAUCAUCAAUUGACACAACCCCUAAACCCACACCCACCAAUAAUAAUUCACGAACUCCCAACAUCGAACAAGCAUGUGAUUCAUGUAGAAAACGGAAAUUGAAAUGUUCGAAAGAAUUCCCACGAUGUUCAAAAUGUAUUCAACAUAAUUGGAUAUGUUCAUAUAGUCCAAGAACUGUAAGAUCACCAUUAACUCGAGCUCAUUUAACUGAAGUUGAACUGAGAGUUAAGAAAUUAGAAGAAAUGAUUUAUUUCAUGUUACCUCAUGUGAAUGAUAUUGAUGAAUUACUUGAGAAUUAUUUGGGAUUGUUAGGACCGGUGAGAGAAAAACUUAUGACUGAGAUGAUGGGUGGAUUGGGUGUUGGGAUGGGGAAUAACCAUCAUCUGGUGGCUUCUCCAUUGCCUACUCCCGUGAAUUUAAGUCCAAAAUUAGUGGCUAAUGAUGGUACUAAUGAAAUGACAAAGAAGGAAAUGGAACAAGUUUAUUCGGAAUUGGAAUUGACAUCAUCAACAGAACCAGUAUCGAUAGUUACAUCACCUGAAUAUGGUCCUCAGAAUAGUUAUAAUAGAAACCAAGUGACAUAUCCCCUUCGUCAAUCGAAAUCAAAUCCAACAAGUACACCAACAACGACAAUGUUUGACAAUGGACCAAAUAUGGAUAGAAUUAGGAUCAAACAGGAGAUUAUUGAUGAUUUUAUACUAAAUAAUAUCCCAACCAGUAAUUCAUUCACAUUUGCACCACCUCAACAACAACAACAAAUGCAAGACACAAGCACAACACCCCAACAGCUUCAUAAUGACUUUGUAACCCCCAAUAUAUUCAGAAAUCAAAGUGUGAACACAACAACCACUUCUGGCGAUAAUUCCUCGAUAACAUCCCCAUCAUCAAUACUUUCAUUGAAUUCAUUUGAGAGUGGGAAUACAAGUAUUGGAUAUAAAGAAGAAGUGGAUAGUUCCUCGGCGGAAUAUUUCGAUAUUGCACAAGAAGAACCAAAAUUAAAGAAAUAUAAGCUGGCUAAUAAUAAUUCGCAGCCAAUUAUGGUUAUGUUUCAACAACAUCAUCAACAACAACAGAUGCAACAACAGCAACAACAACAACAAGCAAACCACGUGGGUAGCAAUACUGGCAGUGGACUACUGAGAGAUAAUCUUGGGAUAUAUGGACCCACGGGAGAUGUAGGAUUUGAUUUGUUGUUUAAUGAUGUUAUGGAUGAUUCUGCAAUAUUGAAUGUAUAA